CUCAGUGACCAUCCCUCUCUCACGCUCUAACUGCCUCUCUAGGAAGCAUUUAAGAGCUGGAGACUCCUUCACCUCUGCUAAUUCCCUGCAGCUGGAGAGAGAGCAGCCAGACCAGCCUACUGUCCUCCUGUGAAGAGACACGCAGCUUUGAGACUUCUCACCCUGUGAAGAGACACGCAGCUUUGAGACUUCUGACCCUGUGAAGAGACACGCAGCUUCGAGACUUCUGACCCUGUGAAGAGACACGCAGCUUUGAGACUUCUGACAUGGAUCUGGUUGUGAAUAAAGUGGACCUCCACUGCGAGGCCAAUAACUCCGCCCACCGGACCAAUGACAUCAGCAAGCAGCGUCUGAUCGUACGGAGGGGGCAGUCCUUUCUGUUGUCCCUCAGUAUGCCCCGCCCGUUCAACCCCGCCUCCGACAAGCUCCUGAUCACCGCUGAGACGGGCCUCCGGGCUUCAGAAUCUCUCGGCACCCGGUCAGUGUUCAGUUUCCCCAAAAGCAAAACGGGGAAAGCGGCGUGGGGGGCGGAGCUCGCCCCGAAGACAGUGCUGUUGGCAGGAAGUGUGACCCUGGCCGUGACCCCUCCAGCGAACGCCCCCGUGGGUCAGUACUCCCUGUUUGUGAAGACCAAGGAGCGGGCACCGAAUGGGGCCAGCGUGGGAAGCCUGCUGAUGCUGUUCAACCCCUGGUGUAAAGAUGACUGGGUCUACCUGGGUGUGGAGGAAGAGAGGCAGGAGUAUGUUAUGAAAGAGCAGAGCAUCAUCUAUCGUGGUUCGGACAACUACAUCAGCAGCCAGGCUUGGAACUUAGGACAGUUUGAGGAGGACAUGGUGGAGAUCUGUAUGAAGCUGUUGGAUGUCAACCCCAAGUGUCUGAGGGACGCUUCACAAGACUUCUCCGCCCGCUGCAACCCCAUCUACGUCGGUCGGGUGGUCAGCGCCAUGAUAAAUUGCAACGAUGACCGCGGGGUGGUGCUGGGAAACUGGGGCAACUCGUUCGCCGGAGGGGUCAGCCCCACCCAAUGGAACGGCAGUGUGGACAUCCUACGACGCUGGCGGAAGUUUGACUGCAAACCUGUCAAGUACGGGCAGUGCUGGGUGUACGCCGGUGUCAUGUGCACAGUGUUGAGAUGUCUGGGGAUCCCGUGUCGAAUCGUCACCAACUUCCAGUCGGCCCAUGACACGAAUGGCAGCCUGACAGUGGACGAGUUCUACGGAGACUUUGGAGUCUUGGAGAAGGCUAGCAGCGACAGUGUCUGGAACUUCCAUGUGUGGGUGGAAGCCUGGAUGAAGCGUCCCGACUUGUCAGAUGACUCUAUGUACGACGGCUGGCAGGUGCUGGACCCCACCCCUCAGGAGAAGAGCAGUGGCGUGUACUGCUGUGGCCCCACCCCGGUCAAGGCCAUCCUCCUGGGCCACACCAACGUGCUGUAUGACGUCCCUUUCGUGUUCGCCGAAGUCAACGCCGACCAGGUGACGUGGCUGGUGGCGAAGGAUGGAUCCAAGAAGAGGAUCCACUCAGACACCGUCUCCGUGGGACAGAAAAUCAGCACCAAGAGCGUGGGCAGUGACAAGAGACAAAACAUCACUGACAACUACAAAUACAGAGAGGGCACUACGGACGAGAGAGAUUCUUUCAACCGGGCUGUGAGCGGCGGCAAACCCUCUGGAAAACCUACCGGGACACCCGCAGGAACGCCCACCGCACCCACCACCGGACCCACCACAGGACCCACACCCACCACAAGACCCACCCCCGCACCCACCCCCACCCCCACCACAAGACCCACCCCCGCACCCACCCUUGCACCCACCACUGGAAACACCACCUCAAACACCAAUGGAACGCCUAACAGGCCAGUGGCUCCGGGGGCCGUGGAGAUGAAGGUCGUGGUGGAGGGCAAGCCCCUGAGCGGGGCCGACAUCAGGCUGAAGCUGGUGGUGCAGAGCCUGGCUGGCGCCCCCUGCAGCCUGCUGCUGCACAUCAACGUCCAGGCCAUGAAGUACACCGGCACCCCCACCUCUCAGGUGCAGACGGAGGAGAAGCAGCUCCAGCUAGCCCCUGGGCAAGAGCUAACUGUCCCCAUCCUGAUCCCGUUCUCCGUGUACGGAGAACACAUGUUGGAGAACAACAGUCUGAAGGUGUCGGCGUUGGCUACAGACCAGAAGAACCCAAAGAACGUUUACCUGUCGGAGAUGGAGAUCAUACCGAAAGACCCUGCCCUCACCAUCACUUGUGUGGGCCCAGCACAGCAGUACCGUGAGCUGAUGGCAGAGGUGGUUUUCAUGAACCCCCUGGAUGAAGCUCUGACAGACUGCACCAUCACGGUGACAGGCAGCGGAGUUCUGCAGAGCUCUGUGGAGGCCAGGCUGGCCUCGUUGCCCCCAGAUCACCGUGUCCGCGUGCAGGUGCCCCUGACGCCGUACAGGUCGGGGCAGAAGAAGCUGGUGGCGGACUUCAACUGCAACUCCUUCAGGAACAUCAAGGCUAGCUGCAACAUCGACGUAGCUCCUUACAACCGCUUCGGCUACAGCUUUGGCCACAUCGCCUGAGACUGGCCUCACCCUUUCCUGAGGUCAGAUUUGUAUAUGUAUCUGGACCUGGGCUGUACUAGCCAUUUGUCAUGUGGCUUUUUACAGAAACCUUAUGGUUGCUCUUAAACUCACUUGAAGUUUGAUAUAUUAUAUUUUAUUUAAAUUCUAAAUCCCCUUAGUAUUAGGUAGACUUUGUUCCUUUUGUAUAGUACCACAUAUUUAAGUUAUAAGAUUCCUAUAUGCAGAGGCGCUGUAAGACAUAAAACUCUACUGGGGCACUUCAAUUCAUAU